AUGGUGAGAUCUGUAAAAUGGCAUGAUAAAUAUCCGUUGUUCAGGAAAAGGAUAAAGCUUUUUAUUAACACCUAUGGUUUCAUUCCUGAAAAAGAUCAUCUUGGAUCUUCGAUUUUGGUUACUGAAAGUGGAGAGAAAUAUCUUUGGGCUAACUGCCAAACCUCGAGAGAAAAUACAAGAAAAAAUCGAUGUUUUACUAAGAUAAGUCAAUGGCCUGAUGAGAUUGAUUGGACCAAUACACGCAUUGUACAAUCUUCAGUUAACAAUGACGAUAUUCUCGUUUUUACUGAUAAUGCAAAGUUAUAUCACUUUCACUUAAGGUGCCAUGAGUUGCAUAUUGAACUCAGCACGAGGAAAAUCGUUACUCAACUAGAAUACGAAGAAGCAAGAGUCUGUGCUUGCGGCAACUCUUUUUUUAUAUUUAUUACUAAUGAAGAGGAAAUAUACGAGUGUACUAAUACCAACCUUAAUGGAAGGUUGGCACAUUUAUCUAAUCUACUUUCAGAUAAACUAAUAGUUAAGAUAGCAGCAGGAUUUCUUCAUACCCUUGUACUCACUGAUAAAGGAAAGGUUUAUGGCUGGGGUACAAACACGCAUGGACAACUGAAUUUUAAUGAAAACGAAGUAGAACAGUUAAUCUCUCCCUGCAAAAUACUUAUACCUAAUGUGAGAAAAGUAUCAGAUAUCGCCGCCAUGAAAUUUAUAAGCGCUUUCAAAUCUAGUUACGAUGGACUUGUCUACAUACAGGGUUGUUUACAUGGAAAAAGAAUUAGGCAUUUGGCUGUCUGUGAAUAUACAAAUAUAUUUGACAGAUACAACUCAUCGUUCCAUUCGCUAAAAGAGGAUCGUAUAUAUACAGAGGAAGAGGACGAUUUAUUGGAUGAUUUAAAACAAGCGUUCAAUGAUUCUUGCACGAGCGAUCUUACAAUACAAGUCAAGGGGCAACCAAUUUACGUCCAUAAAAGCAUUCUGAAAAUGCGUUCUUUAUAUUUUAAAAACAUGUUCGAGUUUAAUGAAUCGGAAAACAGAAAAAGGGUUAUCAAAUAUGAUGAUCACUCAUAUCAAGCGUAUAAAGAUUUUUUUAAAUUUUUAUACACAGGCUGGGUCUUCUUUGAUAAUUUAAGCGAUAUGAUAGAGCUCUUGAUAUUAGCUGAUAAAUACUGCGAGUCAAAUCUUGAAAAAAAAUGUAUUGAUCAAUUAAGAAUGAAUAUGAAUCCAUUAACCGUAUCCUUCAUCAAGCAAAUAGCGGAGAAGUAUAACAAAAUGGAAUUGAAUGAAUACUGUCUUAUCUAUCAAUUAAGAAUGGCAUACGAUCCUAUGGAGAUAUUCUCUUAA